AUGUUCCUGAAGGUCUCCGCGGUCCUUAUCACCUAUGCUCUACUCCUGUGCCACGCCCACCACUUACAAGCCACACCCACAAGAUCUAACCUGGACACAGUGUCGCUCUCGGACUCAGAGAGCAGGAGACUCUUGAAUGCGCUGCUCAGAGAGUUUGUACAGAUGAGUGCAGAGGAGGAGGCAAGCAGCCUGGAGCGCCCCCUGCUGGUCAAACGCUGCUCCGGCCUGUCCACCUGCGUCUUGGGGAAACUGUCCCAGGACCUCCACAAGCUGCAGACCUUCCCCCGCACCAACGUGGGAUCGGGAACGCCAGGCCGCAAGAGGAGCUCGGCCUAUCAGAGCAUGGCAUUCAGGCAGAGCACAGCCAAUCACAAUGCAGGAGCAGGCAGAUACGGCCCGGACAAGGACUGA